AACCCAAAUGUGGAUUAUUAAAAUUCAAAUGGUAGCUUCUUGUUAUAUUUGUAGCAGAUACUGGCCAUAAAAAAGAUUGAUAGUGCAAUAUUGUCAUUGCAAGAGGAAGAUGAUUUUCUGGAAAUUGUCACAAAGAUGUCAAGGCUGAGACACGGAAACAUUAUUCCACUAGUGGGAUACUGUACAGAGCACAGACAACGUCUUCUGGUCUUUGAUUAUGUAAAGAAUGGUAGCCUACAUGAUAUGCUGCAUUUUGGUAAUGAGAGGAGCAAGAAACUGUUGACUUGGAAUGCACGCAUUAAAAUAGCACUUGGGGUUGCUCGGGCAUUAGAGUACUUGCAUGAAGUUUGUACACCUUUUGUUGUACAUGGAAACUUUAAGUCGGAAAACAUUUUGUUAGACGAGGACCUCAAUCCUCAGUUAUCUGAUUGUGGCUUAUCUACAGGACACCAGAUGAUUGGUUCAUUUGGUUACAGCGCCCCCGAGUUUGUAUUAUCUGGAAUUUGUACUGUUAAAAGCGAAGUGUACAGUUUUGGUGUUGUAAUGCUUGAGUUAUUGACAGGAAGGAAGCCACUUGAUAGUUCGCGGGAGAGAUCUGAACAGUCACUUGUGAGGUGGGCCACACCUCAACUUCAUGACAUCGAUGCUUUAGCAAGAAUGGUUGAUCCUGCUUUGAAUGGCGUGUACCCUGCCAAGUCAUUGUCCCGUUUCGCUGACAUCAUUGCCUCAUGUGUUCAGACUGAACCCAAGUUUCGUCCUCCAAUGUCUGACAUUGUUCAAGCGAUUGUUCGGCUAGUGCGAAGGGCAAGCAUAGCAAGAAUAAGAACUAGUGGUGAGUCAAGAUUUUCAUUCAAGACACCGGAACAUGGUUCUACCGACACACCAUACUAAGUACCAGCUUUUGCAGAGUUGUAAGUAAUUUCAAUAAGUUUGAUCACUUGUGAAUGAUUAUAGCCAGUAGAUGAUAUAUCACAUUAUAUGCAAAGAAGAUUUAUGCAUUUGUUUUCCUAUUUCUUGAACAAAUUAUGUAAAGAGAGCAUAGAUCAUGAUUU